GGGUGCUGCUGAAGCGAAGGAAAGCCACGAUCUGCGCACAGGCGCUGCGGGCGUGGAAACCCUGGCGCUUUUUGUGGUUUAUCCUGUGCAAAAGCAUCGCGCUCGUAGGUACUAAUCGCACUUUCUGCAAGACAUUUUUCUUUUUUCAAAGCUGAAUCAGCAUAACAGACGCAUUCCAUUCCAUUUGUCAUGCUGAGCUAAAUUUGUAUUGCAAUAGACUACGAGUGCGAUAUGUUUGCAUCUCAUAUGGUUUUCGACGCACCGGUUUCUGGGGAGUUGUGUGAAGAUCCAACAUAUCAAAUGCAAACAUAUCUGGGUCUGGAAAGUUGUAAUGGUAAAAGUGAAUGAUAGCUGCAAUGCACUAUUCAGCCGAGCAUGACAAAUUGUUGAGCUGCUACGUGUUGCGUAUCUCGCAUGGCAAACUGCAUUUUUGCAUGACAGGUAAGAGGGUCUUUUUGUGAUUAUGCGUCACAGAUUCGUGCGUCAUGUCAGACAUGCAUGACAAAUGCCAGAAUCUUCCAGACCCAGAUCGAUAUUUGCAUUUGAUCCACCAGUGGUGGCGGGUGAACUUCGCGUGGCACGAGAAGGCGUUCAAGCAGGUGUCUAUCCAAGAAAAAAACGUUGUUAGUGCAAAUUUGUGAUGCGCAACAUGCAAGAUGAUUGCGUCUGUCAUGCUUGGCAUGCGUCGCAGUGUCCAUGAAAGGGCGUUUUCGCGUACUAUCUGCGCAUCACAGGUUUUUGCUGUCAUGCGAGAGAUAUUUGUCAUGCUGAUCCUCCAAAAAAGGUGCACCUACAAUGUUUUUUUCUUGCAUAGUGUCGAAGCGGUUUCUAGUGUGGGAGAAGAAGUUUCUGGCGGAAAAAAUCCGGCAGCAGGAAUAUGCCGCGAGGAAAGCGG